GGGAACGGCGGGUCUAGUGCACAGUCUCGUUCUCUUGCGUCACUUCCGGGCCUGGGCCAGCGUGUAGAAGGAGGGGCAGACAGAGCCCGACCGAGUGGUCAAAAUGGCGGCCGCUCAGUUAACGGAUGAGGAGCUCUUUUCCGAGUUAAAGCGCUCGGGGAUAAUGCCCGGCCCUGUUACAGACAGCACACGGCCGGUUUACCUAAAGAAACUGAAGAAGUUGAGGGAAGAGCAAAGACUUCGGCACGGGAAAGUGCGGGUAAUUACGAACAACAACACAGUGGCGGCGCCUUCAGAAAGUGAGGGAAUUCUCAAGAGCGGUGGGGACGUGACGCAUAAGAGAUACAGCCGCCAGAGCCUAGCGAGGGAAGCAGGGAAACCCUCCCCGAUCCUUGGCUUCAGCUCCGAUGAGUCAGAUGUAGACGCAGGGCUGGGAGCGCACGGGAGCCGCAGGAGCAGAACUAACACACCCCAGCCCGAGAGGAAAUCGCCGGUGCAGCAUCAGCCGGGUACUGCAGACGCCAAUGCUGAUAGGCGGAAGGUGCCGGGUUGGUGGGAAAUGCGAAGGCCGCGGGGGGACAGUGAAGAAGACGACGAUGAUGAAGAGGAAGGAACGGAAGAGGCGUCUAAUUGUCGGACUAUGAAUGGCAGCCGGCACUCUUACUGCAGGGAUUACUCGGACACUGAUGAGGAGGAGCAGUUGGGGCAGGACGAGCAAGCGAGCCGCCGGAGUAGGCGGGGGUCGAGCAAACAGGCCAAGGAGCAGAGUCUGGACAGGGAUGAGUUGGCCGCUUGGCCAGGCUGGUCGAGGGAGGUGGCUGGUGUGUCUCAUCGACAUCGCGGAGCCGCCAGGAAGUCGCACACUGCGGCAGACACUGACGGGGCGGGGAAUUUGAAACGCAAAAGCAACAAUCACCUGGAGAGCGGCUACAACAAGGAUCCCCCCAGGGUCUAUUUUCCCUCCAACAGCCUCCCCCCACGGAUGCCUCAGUCCAACCACACAGCAGCCCCCAACCACACGAAAUACUCGCACUAUCACUACCCGGACUCCAAGAGGCAACAUCAUAAGGUCGCAGAGCCCGAGGAGGCGCUCCUCCAGCAAUUCAAGAGGGACGAGGUGUCUGCUGCAGGGAGAUUCAGUGCCCAUUACCUCUCCAUGUUCCUCCUCACAGCUGCCUGCCUCUUUUUCUUGCUGCUAGGGCUCACCUACCUGAGGAUGAGAGGCACCAGUCUUCCUGCCAAUGAAAACUUAACAAGUACUGAGGACCUUAAUGUUGAUCAGAGUAAGAAAAACCUGAUGAAUACUUUACAGAAACUGCACGAGAAACUAUCAAAAACAGCAGGUGAUUACAUAUGUGGGAACACUGAUCACCGUAAUAUAUCUGUCCAAGAAGCAAAGCAGUAUUUAAGGACAUUCGGUCAGGAAUAUGAAAAUGAAUUUAAUAACACAUUGGCAUGGAUUUUAGAACACUCUGCCACAAGAGAUAUUGGUAUCAAGUGCGUUUCUGAUCCUGGUUCCAUUUUAAACAUAACCAGUGUGAAAUACCUAGAGUCGACUCUGCCCAAGAUGUCAUUUAUGUGCCGAAUCAAACGUGCCGUUAUCACUGUAGCACACAGGUCAUCCAUUCUUCUUGUUGGAGUUGGUGUGCUCUUCGGUGUAUGGCGAUACAUAAGAUAUCGUUGGGCAAAGGAAGAGGAAGAAACAAAGCAAAUGUAUGACAUGGUUGUUAAAAUUAUAGAUGUCUUAAAAAGUCACAAUGAGGCUUGUCAAGAAAAUAAAGGUUUGGAGCCAUAUACACCAAUCCCUCAUGUGCGUGAUUCUUUAAUACUGCCUCAAGACAGGAAGAAAAUGAAGAAAGUUUGGGACCGGGCAGUGGAAUUUCUGGAUGCCAAUGAAUCUAGAGUACGCACAGAAACUCAGAAAAUAGGUGGAGCAGACUUCCAGGUGUGGAAAUGGAUUCAGCCAUCUUCAACAUGUGAUAAAAUUUCAGUCAUGCCUUCUAAAGUUUGGCAAGGACAAGCUUUUCAUUUGGAUAGAAGAAAUUCUCCUCCAAAUAGUCUGACUCCCUGUUUAAAAAUACGUAACAUGUUUGAUCCAGUUAUGGAAAUUGGAGAUCAUUGGGACUUGGCAAUUCAAGAAGCAAUAUUAGAGAAAUGUAGUGAUAAUGAGGGGAUUGUUCACAUUGCUGUUGAUAAGAAUUCACGUGAGGGUUGCGUAUAUGUGAAAUGUUUAUCUCCAGAAUUUGCAGGAAAGGCAUUUAAAGCUCUGCACGGCUCAUGGUUUGAUGGAAAGCUGGUGACUGUGAAAUACCUGCGAUUAGAUCGAUAUCAUCAUCGCUUCCCUCAGGCCCUUACAUGCAGCACUCCUUUAAAGCCUUCAAACACACACAUGAACUCACUGUUACACUUAAAUCUUCGGACUGGCACUUCAAAUUCUCAGUCAUGCUCUUGAAGAUAUUGCAUUCGUUAUGACUGUUAAUUACAGCAGAACAAUUUUCUUGUGGGGGAACUAUUUGUCUUCCUUCCCCCCUCCCCUGACUCUCAUCUUCAUCAUUUUCUCUGGUGUUAGAGGUCAUUUAGACUUUUUCCAAGGUGGGGAGAAAUUUCCAAGACCUCGCUUAUUUUUUUAACAGGAAAAUGGAUUGAAAUGCAAUGGCUUAAAUGCACCGUUUAGUGUUUUUCUUUCUUUAAGACAAUUUUCAGAUAUUGCUGGAUGGUUUGUGACCCUGAUGACUGUUUUUGCUACAGUGAAAUGCAGAAAAUAAUUUAUUGAAUUCCUACAGUUUCAUUUGUCUAUACAAAUAUUUACCCAUAUCCUAUAACUGUCCCUUUUAGGUAAACUGUUUAGACUUCUGCUGCUGUAGAUAGUGAUUUAUAUUACAGCUGAAGUACAGGUUAAAUCUAGCUGAUUCUGCAGGAAAUGGAGAACUUUUUUUCUUUUAAUUUAAAAGUAAGUGAUGGCAAUGGCAAAAGUCCUUCGUGCAAAUGUCUGCUUUAAAGCAGCGAAUAAGCUUCCUAUUUUAUUCAUAACAUAACGUUAUUUUAUAUAAUAAUUUUGGCUGCACCAUCCCCUAAAGGUCAAACAGCCAAAUACCUUUAAAAGUAUUAGAAAACUUUAAAAAUAUCUUUUAUAGGUUUUAUAUAAAAUGUCUUGACAAUGGUUUUGUGCAAGGUCUGAUACCAAUUGUGAAAAUUCAAAUUAUUGUGAGCAAUAAAGAAACAAUUGGCAGAUGCUGGGCAAUAUUGUGAAUUGCUGUAUUUAUUUAGAAGUUUUCUGGUUUAACUGCCUGCUCUGGAUUACAUUUAGAAUAUCCAAUACCCAAAAACUUCAUGCAAAGAAACGUUUGACGUUUCUGGAUGGUCAGGCAGCUGUAACUAGAGCGCUGCAUGCAGCCUCUGCCAGUGUCUGGUUGAAGGCCCUAAUUUAGCUUGAACUGAAACUGUACACUAAGAUCUGAAUCUACCACCAAGAACCAUAGAAACAUACUUGUUUUAAAAAUAUUUCCAGAAAUGGCACUGAAAAUUUCCUAUGAAAUUUACGCAACUCUUGUAUGCUGCAUUUUGUAGUUUCUGGUAAUUCAAAAUAUUAUAAGGUUUUUAGUAAGAGCUUGAGUGUUAAUAGACAACUCCAGAACCAAACUGCAGCAGACGUAAAGGUUUGUGAAGGUCUUUUGCGUUUGUGUUGCUCUAUGGCCAGGGCCGCAAAAUGGCAGAAACUACUAGCCAAAAUCCACUACUGUGGGCAGUAGCCUCCUCUCUCUUCCACAUUAAAUCGGCCUGGCGCAAACAGACUUUGUCGGAUUUCGGCUCACAAUGCAGAGACUUGCGGUUCUUCAACGAAAUCCAGUCUGUUCAUGCUUAGCCGAAUCACUGUGGAAGAGAGGAGGCUGCUGCCCCCCGUAUGACAGAAAUCAGACAGUGGAUUUCCGCUAGUGGUUUUCUGCCCUUGUGUGGCCCUAAGUCUUGUUUCAUCCAAAGCAAGGCUCCUUAAAGUGGCUAAAACAAAAAAUCCACCAUCACACUCAGCCCUCAAAGUACAUCUAAGCUUGAUAUAAUGAGGGAGGUUGACACACUAAAAACCAAACAAAAAUAAAAAUUGCAGAGCUUUGCCUAAUUUCUUUUUUAAUGCAAAGUUUAUUGCAUUAAAACAAGGCACGGUUUUGUGCACACUUGCCGUCGCGUGAGCUGUUUUCUUUAUUGGUUUGUGACCACAGCAUCUGAAGAACAUAUCUGCUUCAUUAUGGUACAAGACCGCAUCUACAUUCAGUACCUUUAGGUCAAUGUGACCAUGUGAUUUUCUUUGAGGCAAUGCUGCUGUAAUUAAGAAUUCCAUUUAUUGUAUUCUUUUUUUUUUUUUCUUACAUGUCUAUUUAGGGGACACAAGACCGUGCGUUUGGUAAUCAAAUUUACUGUAUUGUAAUGCCCAGUGUGCUUGGUAUAAAAAAAAAAAUACAUUUUUGUAGAAAAAAGUUAUCUAUAUAUUACCUUUAUUUUCUCAAUAAAAUUCCAGUUAAUUCUG